AUGGGCCUAUCCCCUCAAAGCUGGCAUAUUGCAGCAGAGGCUCCAAACUGGGAGCUACCACGUCACGUCUGCGCUGCUGGGGGGAAGGAGCGAGGGACUGAAGAUAGUCUAGCGGAGAGGAAGCAGAAGCCCAUUGUGUUUGUGUCGGACCGAGCCCAUGCCAACAAAGAGAUUCAGCAUGAAGGAAUACGAGGAGAGGUCAAGAAGAAGCCCAAGCGCAAACUCCUGGAACCUGAGGAGGAGACAGAGGAUGAGAAGCACUUCAGGGCCAUCUAUCAGCAGAUCUCGGGAGAUGACAUGCAGGUGUGCGCCAACGAGCUGAAGAUCAUCCUGAAGAACGUGCUGUCUAAACACAAUAUCCAGUCGGAUGGCUUCAGCCAGGAGACAUGUCGCAGCAUGAUCGCUCUCAUGGACACGGAUGGCAGUGGAAAACUAAACCUCCAGGAGUUCAAACAUUUGUGGAAGAAAAUCAAAAUGUGGCAGAUCAUCUUUAAGAACUAUGAUAAGAACAACUCGUCCAGCAUCAGCAGCUUUGACAUGAGGAAUGCCGUCAACGAAGCAGACCCACACUGGCAGCUGUUUCCUGCAACUUGA